GUGUGUGUGUGUGUGUGAUUGUCAUAUUCUGACAUUUUGAAGUGACUUUAUAUGAUAAUCGCACAAUCCGACAUCACGAGCUUCGGUAUAUCAGCUUUUCGGUAUAUCAACAUUUUUUUUUUAUAAAGAAUUACAUAUGAAAUGACAGCAGCAAAGAAAUAAAUUCUGUGGUUAGGAAAACUUGUACUAGUUUCUCAAAAAGCAAUAUAACCUGUUUAAUAAUUAUCUGCGCCACAGUGUUGUGGAGUUCCUGAUUCUGAUUGGUCAGAAGGCUUUAAUUCUUAAUUCUGAUUGGUCAGGUAUACAUUCUUACAUUUUGCUAUAUGUACAUACACACCGACAGGCAUAACACCUGCCUAAAAUUGAUUCGGUCCCCCUUCUGCUGCCCAAACAGUCCUGACCCGUCAUGCACUGUGUAUUCUGACACCUUUCUGUUAGAACCAGCAUUAACUUCUUCAGCAGUUUGAGCAACAGUAGCUCGUCUGUUGGAUCGGAUCACACGGUCCAGCCUUCACUCCCCACGUGCAUCAAUGAGCCUUGGCCGCCCAUGACCCUGUCACCGGUUCACCACUGUUCCUUCCUUGGACCACUUUUGAUAGAUACUGACCACUGCAGACCGGGAACACCCCACAAGAGCUGCAGUUUUGGAGAUACUCUGAUCCAGUCGUCUAACCAUCGAGCUCUUGUGGGGUGGGAGAGCAUAAGUUUAGUGCCCACAGGAUCGUUCUGGCUGCUUCCAUUCCCUACUUCCAUGCCAUGUUCACCAACGACAUGGUCGAGUGCAAACAGGAUGAGAUCGUCAUGCAAGGCAUGGAUCCCAGUGCUCUUGAAGCUCUGAUCAAUUUUGCGUAUAACGGACACAUAGCCAUAGACCAGCAGAACGUCCAAGCACUCCUGAUCGGCGCCAGUUUCCUGCAGCUGCAGAAUGUUAAAGACGCCUGCUGCUCUUUCCUUCAGGAGAGGUUGCAUCCGAAGAACUGCUUGGGUGUGCGUCAGUUCGCCGAGACCAUGAUGUGCACGACGCUGUACGAUGCAGCCAACAGCUUUGUGCAUCAGCACUUUGUGGAGGUCUCUGUGUCGGAGGAGUUUCUGAGUCUGCGGCCUGAUGAGGUGCUCGAGCUUGUGGGCUGCGAUGAGCUCAACGUCAAGGCUGAGGAGCAGGUGUUCGAGGCCGUCCUUGCGUGGGUGAGACAUCAGAGAGAAGACCGCGAGACUUGCUUACCUGAGCUGCUUUCCAAGACCCGACUGCCCCUGUGCCGACCCCAGUUCCUGGCUGAUCGAGUCCAGCAGGACGAGCUGGUGCGCUGCUGCCACAAAUGCAGGGAUCUGGUAGAUGAAGCAAAGGAUUAUCACCUCAUGCCAGAGCGACGGCCGCACCUGCCUGCCUAUAAGACGCGGCAACGAUGCUGCACGUCCAUCGCCGGGUUAAUCUACGCAGUCGGAGGACUCAACAGUGCAGGUGACUCAUUAAACGUGGUGGAAGUGUUUGAUCCGAUCGCUAACUGCUGGGAACGCUGUCAGCAAAUGAGCACGGCCCGAAGUCGAGUGGGUGUGGCUGUGGUCAAUGGGCUACUGUAUGCUAUCGGGGGUUACGACGGCCAGUCUCGCCUCAGCACAGUGGAAGUCUACAACCCAGAGACGGACACGUGGAGUAAAGUCGCCAGCAUGAACAGUCAGCGCAGUGCGAUGGGAACCGUGGUGGUGGAUGGACACAUAUACGUCUGCGGUGGCUAUGAUGGCAAGUCCUCACUCAAUUCAGUAGAGUGCUAUUCUCCAGAAACGGACAGAUGGACAAUAGUAACGGAGAUGAGUGCGAGUCGCAGUGCUGCAGGCGUGACGAUAUUUGAAGGGAGGAUUCAUGUUUCUGGUGGUCACGAUGGUCUACAGAUUUUCAACACGGUGGAGUAUUACAACCAGCACACGGCGCAGUGGCAUCCCCUGUCCCCCAUGCUGAACAAGAGGUGUAGGCAUGGAGCAGCAGCUUUGGGCAGUCAGCUCUACGUCGUGGGAGGCUAUGACGGCUCUGGUUUCCUGAGCAGCGCAGAAGUGUACAGCUCUGUAGCCAAGCAGUGGAGCCAUCUAGUGGCCAUGAACACACGGCGCAGUCGAGUCUCUCUGGUAGCUAACUGUGGCCAUCUCUAUGCGGUCGGGGGCUACGAUGGCCAGUCCAACCUCAGCUCGGUGGAGAUGUACGACCCAGAGACCAACCGCUGGACGUUUAUGGCGCCCAUGGUGUGCCACGAAGGCGGGGUCGGGGUUGGCUGUAUACCCCUGCAACCAGCUUAGCCAAUACAUCCACGUGAACAAAGGAGUUUUAAAAAAUAUUGUUUUUCUAUGCGGGGAACUUCCAUAAUGCACUUCUGUCCCAGCAGAAGGGCUGUGCUGUUGUACUUGACGUUUAAAGAAAACAAAAACUCAAAAAAAAAAACCUGCGUACAGCAUACACACGGUGCAGCGGCGUGAUGUAAAGUCUUUAAUCUGAUCAUAAUUGUUAAAAAAAAAAAAAAAAAAAAAAUUAACACGUACAUUCAUUUGGGGAUCUAGUUGGCAGGUGUUGUCAAAUUAAAUUGUGCACAUGUGCGGUCAGGGUCUGCCAAGACGACGGCAAGCUUGAACAGAGUGGGAAAGAAGAAGAAAAGAACAGUGAAAAGAAAUGAUGUCAUGACUGUAAGACGAGCUGUUUGGCACUUUGUGUAUUAGGGCUCUUCGGUUUAGGAUACAGACCACUCAGUUCCUGUUAGUGUGUGUGUUUGUGUGUGUGUGUGUGUGUGAGACAUAAAGGGAUAAAAUCAAAUCGCUUCAUGGACUGGAAGCUUAUUUAAGACCUGCAGGAUGGUACAUGCUAACCACUGACGAGCAAAAGGUAUUUGGGAGAGUAUACUCACACAUUAUUUAUAGGGAUAACAGGAGCUUGUUUAGAUUAUUAUGCGUGUGUGUGUGUGUGUGUGUGAGAUUUUCUAGCAUGCGUUUUAUUUGGGAUAUCGUUUGCUCAGAACGUUGCGACCAACGCAGCGUCGGCGGACCAACGGAACCUCGAUGUUACUGUGCAAAACAUCCACCAGACGUGCCAUAUUCCAUACAGCCAUCACGCCGGACUCCUCCAGGUUCACGUUCUACCACUUCACUGAGCUCUCAAUGAAGUCGUUCGAGACAUUCAGGCGCCUCCUAGUGGAGGAGAAACGGACGCUCGGGCCCGACGAGAACGACGAGCCUGUCUUACCUCCUGAAUAGUCUUACAUUCCUUCUCUGCGUGGGUGAAAAUCGAUGCAUUUAAUACCAAAAAGACGUGAAGUCUGGUGGUGAUGUGGAAUUAAUUAACUAACAACCAGCAUCGUCAGCGUCAUGUCCGUUAUCUGUGCAGUGGCAUUGAAAUCCUGGUUGGGGGUAAUUAUGUUAUGUUAAGAUAACGCGACCAGGCUCGGGUUGCUUGUGUGGAAAAUACGGGCUUUUUUCUUUUUAAUUCCCAGCCAGCUGCUUUGUGUAAUUGCAAGUAACAACUCCUAAUUUGGGAUUACUGACUGUGAAUUUAGAGUAUUGGAUGUCUGUUUAUUUCUUUCCUCCUUUUCGGACCAUUCCUCUGCUGAUCUUGAUUGAUGUUGAAUUGAAUUAUAGCCUAGAUUACGUAUCGUAUCGUUCAGUCAUGGUGCAGUAUUUUAUACUACUUUUUUUUUUUUUUUAAUUUUCCGGACGACAAUUUUUUUAGCUGUAUUUGUUUUUUUUUUUGUGGUUAUUUUUUAU